AUGGGAGACGGGCAUCUCAGGCUGCUGCCAGGACUCUCAGUGCUGCUGUUGUUGACAUUCAGAGCUGCAGACGAGGCCCCGGGAGCCAACCCUUCCUUCCCUUCCUGCCUCUACCCUUGGACCCCCACUGGCGCCCUGCAUUACUUGGGCCUUCUGACCGUGGUCUCCCUCCCCACAGCCCCUGCCUCCACGGCCUGUGCUCCGUGGUGCCCCCCGCAGUCCACGUGUGUCAACGCCACUGCCUGUCGCUGUCUUCCGGGGUUCAGCUCUUCAUCUGGGGAGAUCGUCACCAGCCCCUCGGAGAGCUGCGAUGACAUCAACGAGUGUGAAGCCCCCUUUACAGUGUCCUGUGGGAAACUGGCAGAAUGCCAGAACACGGAGGGGCGCUACUACUGCGUGUGCUCCCCGGGUUACAGGCUUGUUUCUGGGGCAACACAUUUCAGUAACGAGAGUCAGAACACGUGUGAAGAUGCGGACUUGUGCAGCUCUUGGAGGCAUCCGUGUGACAACUCCACCUUCUGUGUCAGCACUCAGGGCUCAUACACAUGCCACUGCCUCCCAGGCUGGGUGCCCAAACCGGGGUUUCUGAAUAAACAGAGGACUACCCAGUGCGAAGAGAUCUCCUUCCCCGCCUGGACCCCUCCCCCUGGGAUCAAGAGCCAGAGUCUCUCCCGCUUCUUUGAAAAAGUCCAGGAUCUCAGCAGAGACUUCAAGCCUGCCUCGCCCCAGGACACCAUCAAGAAUCUCAUCAAGUCAUUGGACAAGCUACUGGAAGACCCUGGGGACCUGGAGGCCCUGGCCCUCCCUGACCGGCACCGCGUGGCCACCCACUUGCUGUCACAGCUCGAAGAAGUUCUGAGGACACUGGCCAAGGCCAUACCUGAAGCCUCCUUCACCUACCGUUCCCCUUCGGACACAGAGCUGUCCCUGAUGAUCCGGGAGCAAGGGAACGGAACUGUCACCGUGGGCCAGAGCCUCGCCCGGAUGCGGCUGAACUGGGCUGAGGCAGUUGGAGUCGGGGAGUCUGGCCCCACCGUGGCAGGCAUAUUCUCCAGCCGAAACAUGAAGAAAUUGCUGGCCAAUGCGUCCUUGAAGUUGGACCCUGAGGAGAAAGUCCAGCUGGAAAAGAUGCACGAAGGUCCCGUCAGUGGUGACCAGCCCAGGCUCCUGUCCGCUGUCAACACGGUCUUUCUGAGCAACAAGGACACGGAGAAACUAGACUCCCCUGUCGACUUCUCCUUCUCCCACCUUGUGGAGAAGUCCGGGCCACGGCAGGAGCUAAUCUGCGCCUUCUGGAAGGGUGACAAGGACAGUGGCGGGUACUGGGCCACCACAGGCUGCCGGAAGCUGGGCAGCGGGAAUGGCAGCACCACCUGCCGAUGCAGCCACCUGAGCAGUUUUGCCAUUCUCAUGGCCUACUAUGACAUGGAGGAGGAGGAUGCCGCCCUGGCUGUGAUCACCCAGGUGGGGCUGAGCCUCUCCCUGCUGUGCCUCCUCCUGGCGGCCCUCACCUUCCUGCUGUGCAAAGCCAUCCAGAACACCAGCACCUCCCUCCACCUGCAGCUCUGCAUCUGCCUCUUCCUGGCGCACCUGCUCUUCCUCACGGCCAUCAACAGAACUGAGGACAAGGUGCUGUGUGCCAUCAUCGCGGGUGCCUUGCACUACCUCUACCUGGCCGCCUUCACCUGGUUGCUGCUGGAGAGCCUGCACCUCUUCCUCACCGCACGCAACCUGACGGCGGUCAACUACUCCAGCGUGAGCAGGUUCAUGAAGAAGUUCAUGUUCCCUGUGGGCUACGGAGUCCCGGCUGUGAUUGUGGCCAUUUCUGCAGCUUCCAGGCCUCACCUUUAUGGAACAGCUGCCCGCUGCUGGCUCCACCCAGGAAAGGGAUUUCGAUGGGGCUUCCUUGGACCCGUCUGCGCCAUCAUCUCUGUCAAUCUAGCUUUCUUUCUGAUGACGCUCUGCAUUUUGAAAAGCAAACUCUCUUCCCUCAACACUGAGGUGUCCACCCUGCGCAAUACAAGGAUGCUGACGUUUAAAGCAAUGGCCCAGCUCUUCAUCCUGGGCUGCACGUGGUGUCUGGGAGUCCUGCAGGUGGGCCCAGCUGCCCGCGCCAUGGCCUAUCUCUUCACCAUCAUCAACAGCCUGCAGGGCGUCUUCAUCUUCCUGGUGUACUGCCUCCUCAGCCAGCAGGUCCGGGAGCAAUACAGGAAAUGGUUGGGAGGGGUCAGAAAAGCCAAAGCGGACUCUGAGAAGUACACCCUCUCCAGCAGGGCCACGUCUGACGCUUACAGGCCCAUCAGGAGAAAGUCCAAGUCACCAUGA